AUGUCAAAGUCUCUACACCCGGUAUUCCGCAAAGGAGCAACAGCUCUCAUCACAGGUGCAGCCUCUGGAAUCGGCCUGGCAACCGCGCGCCUCUGCUAUGCUCAUCACAUGAAUCUCAUCCUUCUCGACAUCAACAAGGAGAAUCUCUUACAACGCACCAAGGAAUUCCCUUCCAGCUCCGAUAUCACGGUUUCAACUUUUGAAAUAGACGUCUCCAAUUCCCAGGACUGGGACAGAAUACAGCGCGAGGUCUUCGCUCUUCAUCCCGGCGGAAUCGACCUGCUCAUGUUAAACGCGGGGAACAGCUUCAAGCCUGCUGCAGGAAAAACGAGCUGGCAGGACCCAGAAUACUUUCAAAAGACGUUUGCUGUUAAUACGUUUGGAUACACGAACGGCAUCGCGGCGUUCAUCGACAGCAUCACCAGCAACACAACCGAUAAGCGUGCUAUAAUCCUGACUGGGUCUAAACAAGGAAUUACGAAUCCACCUGGCAACCCGGCAUACAACGCAUCGAAAAGCGCCGUGAAAACUAUUGCUGAACACUUAUCCUUUGACUUGCAUACCAGCAACCCAAACAUCAGUGUCCAUCUUUUGGUUCCUGGCUGGACAUUUACAGGCCUUACGAAAGCGCAUUUCACCUCAAAGCCAGACGGUGCCUGGACGCCAAUGGAGGUUGUUAAUUUUAUGAGCGAGAAGAUGGCUGCGGGUCAGUUUUAUAUUUUGUGCCCUGAUAAUGAUGUCACGGAAGAUUUGGAUAAAAGAAGGAUUACGUGGGGAUAUGGAGAUAUUGUUUAUGGACGUCCGCCGCUGUCAAGGUGGAGGGGGGAUUGGAAAGAGAAGGCGGCCGAGGGGAUUGCAACUAUCCAAAUACCGGAGCAAUGA